UUCUCUGUUUAAUCCUCCUCCUGUGAUAUGAGACUGCUGUUGCUGUAUCCUCCAUGGGAUGCUGUAACACCACCCUAGCAUUCCAAAGCCGUUUACUGGUUGCUGCUGCUGCUGCUCAUCGACUGUUUAUAGCAAGAGCAUGUCACCAGCAACACCCUAAUCGCAAUUUGGCUGUCGACGCUCGAAUGAUCAAAACAGGUUUCGACCCCAACACAUGUCGCUCCAACUUCCAACUCCAAAAUUUGCUCAUAAGGGGCGAUUUUUCACUCGUCCGCAACGUGUUCGAUCAGAUGCCUCACAAAAAUGUAGUCUCUACCAACAUGUUGAUUUCGUCUUAUGUUAAGUCCGGCAAUCUUUCCAAAGCACAAGACCUGUUUGAUCAAAUGGUUGAUCGCACUGCUGUCACUUGGACGAUUAUUAUUGGUGGAUAUUCUCAGCAUAAUCAACCCAAGCGGGCUUUUGAACUUUACGCGGAGAUGCGCAGCUGGGGUACAGACCCUCCUGAUCACGUAACAUUUGCCACUCUCCUAUCAGGAUGUGAUGAUUCGAUAUCGGGGAAAGUUGUGGUUCAAGUUCAUGCCGAUAUAGUCAAAUUCGGACUCAGUUCAACCCUUAUUGUUUGCAAUAGUUUGGUUGAUUCCUACUGCAAAUGUCAUUGUCUUGAUCUGGCCUUUGGCCUGUUCAAGGAAAUGCCAGCCAGAGAUUCUGUGACAUUCAAUGCCUUGAUAACUGGGUACACUAAAGAUGUGAAGAACCAAGAAGCCAUACUGCUAUUUAUAGAAAUGCAAACUUUGGGUUUGAAGCCAACAGAUUUUACUUUUGCAGCGGUGUUAUGUGCCAGCGUUGGGCUAGAGAACGUUGCUCUUGGACAACAAGUUCAUGGUUUUGUGGUGAAGACCAAUUUCGAUAGGAAUGUGUUUGUAGGUAAUGCUUUGCUGGAUUUCUACUCGAAGCAUGAUUGCAGAAAUGACACUAGAAAACUCUUUGAUGAGAUGCCAGAAUUGGAUGGUAUCUCUUACAACAUAAUAAUAACGGGAUAUGCAUGGGAUGGGCAAUAUGAAGAAUCACUUCAUCUCUUCCAUGAAUUACAAGACACUAGGUUCGACAGGAGACAAUUUCCUUUUGCUACAAUGUUGAGCAUAGCUGCAAACACCUUAGAUUUAGAUAUGGGCAGGCAAAUUCAUUCACAAGCAAUUGUGACGACAGCUGAAAACGAAUUUUUGGUGGGAAAUUCACUGGUUGACAUGUAUGCUAAAUGCGGCAGAUUUGAGGAAGCCCAUGGGGUAUUUGCUAAUCUGGCCUACAGAAACUCAGUUCCAUGGACAGCCAUGAUCUCAGCUUAUAUUCAAAAAGGACUUCCUGAAGAAGGCCUUAAUUUGUUCAAAGAUAUGAGUAGAGCAAGUGUAAGCCCUGACCAGGCCACUUUCGCUAGCGUCUUAAGAGCGUCGGCAAAUUUGGCUUCACUUCAACUUGGAAAGCAGUUCCAUUCGUGCAUAAUCAGAUCGGGAUUCAUGUCAAACGUCUUCUCAGGUAGUGCACUUUUAGACAUGUACGCAAAAUGUGGAUUCAUAAAAGAUGCCAUUCAGACUUUUCAAGAAAUGCCAGAUAGGAAUAUAGUCUCUUGGAAUGCUUUGAUCUCAGCUUAUGCUCUAGUUGGCGACGGCGAGGCCACAUUGAGCUCAUUUGAACAGAUGUUUGAGUCAGGUCUCCAACCAGAUUCAGUCAGCUUCCUCGCUGUGAUAACUGCUUGCAGCCACCGAGGCCUCAUUGAAGAAGGUUUGCAGCAUUUUAAUUCCAUGACUGAAAUCUAUAAAGUGAGUCCUAAGAAAGAACACUAUGCAUCGGUGGUUGAUAUGUUGUGCCGAAGUGGAAGAUUUAAUGAAGCAGAGAAGGUAAUGGCUCAUAUGCCAUUUGAACCUGACGAGAUUAUAUGGUCAUCAAUUCUUAACUCCUGUAGAAUUCAUAAGAACAAAGAACUUGCUAAAAGAGCAGCAGACAAUCUAUUCAACAUGAACAAGCUUAGAGACGCUGCUGCUCAUGUCACCAUGUCUAAUGUAUAUGCAGAAGCAGGGCAAUGGGAAAAUGUUGGAAAGGUGAAGAAGGCCAUGAGGGAGCGAGGAGUUAAAAAAGUGCCUGCUUAUAGCUGGGUUGAUGUUAAGCACAACGUUCACGUAUUCUCGGCAAAUGAUAAGACGCACCCACAAAUAGAGGAGAUAAGGAGAAAGAUUGACAUGUUGACUCAGCGGAUGGAAAACGAAGGGUACAAGCCCGACUUAAGUUGUGCCCUUCACAAUGAGGAUGAGGAAAUGAAAGUGGAGUCCCUUAAGUAUCACAGCGAACGCUUAGCCAUUGCCUUUGCUCUAAUUAGUACACCUGAGGGGUCGCCAAUAGUGGUGAUGAAGAACUUGAGGGCAUGUACAGACUGUCAUGCUGCCAUCAAGCUUAUUUCGAAGAUUGUUGGUCGAGAAAUUACAGUGAGAGAUUCAAAUAGGUUCCAUCAUUUUAGAGAUGGGCUCUGCUCAUGUGGCGAUUAUUGGUGAUUUGUUUGUACCGCAUCGGAGGGUUUGCUUCCCUUGGAGCAGGCCUUUCCAGCAGACCAGCAGGGUAAAGCUGAGGGACAGCAGAAGCCAUGACUUGCUCUGCAGAAAUUCCGCUGACCAGUGAUGUUUGGUCUAACAAGUAGUUGGUCAGUACCAUUUAUAAAUCAACCUUUAAGACUAAAACGUUUUUCUUUAUUUGCUUAUAGGACUUCCAAUGUGUUGUACUUUUAUGCCUAGUAAUAUUGGAAGUUGAACAUUAUACAAAUUGUCAAAUGGCAUUUUCUUUUUUUUAUUGGAACAGUGAAAAGAAUUUUAUUUAUCUCAGUAACAAUUACAAACAUUGAACGGAGACUAGGAAAAGGCAUCAACGAUCUGAAGUGAUCAUCCCAACAAGAUUGACACCUUCUUCUAGAACAAAUCAUGUGCCCCCAGACACCAAAUAGCAUUUUCAUUGUCUAGGUGGCCAGAAUUCCGGUUAUUAAGAAAGAAUAACAUGGACCUUUUCUCCUAUACUUAUUCAAACUUCUCCAAGUAACUUUCAAGAAAUAAAUCAAAGUAGAUCUAAAAUAGUCUCACUAUUUUGGGCAAAUAAACUAGAGAAGCCAAAUGAGUUAUAAUCUACCACUUACCGGACAUGCCACUGCACAUUGGGCAGUCGUUAGUAAGAUCGUUAUCAAUAAUUAGCUUAUAAAAGCCACCAUAUGGGAGAUUGGUAGGUCUUGGGUAUUUCUUCGUUGUAUCCAGCUGAUUGUAGAAUGCUUUACUGAAAUAAAGUUUGCC